AUGGGCAACACCACGAGCGCGGUCCUGGACAAUAUUGUCCAGGGGUCCAACUUCGACAGAGAGGAGGUGGACCGGUUAAGGAAGCGGUUCAUGAAGUUGGACAAGGACAAUUCGGGCACGAUCGAGCGCGACGAGUUUCUGAGCCUGCCCCAAAUCUCGUCCAACCCUUUGGCGACGCGCAUGAUUGCCAUCUUUGACGAGGACGGCGGUGGCGACGUCGACUUCCAAGAGUUCGUGUCGGGCCUGAGCGCCUUCAGCAGCAAGGGCAACAAGGAGCAGAAGCUGCGGUUCGCCUUCAAGGUCUACGACAUCGACCGCGACGGCUACAUCAGCAACGGCGAGCUCUUCAUCGUCCUCAAGAUGAUGGUGGGCAGCAACCUCAAGGACCAGCAGCUGCAGCAGAUUGUCGACAAGACCAUCAUGGAGGCGGACCUGGACAAGGACGGCAAGAUUAGCUUCGAGGAGUUUACAAAGAUGGUGGAGAACACGGACGUGAGCAUGAGCAUGACUCUAGACCAGUUUUGA